CAGGCGGCCAAGCCAACCGCGAAACGCAGUGAUCGGCAGUAAACAUAUCCACAUACAAACCUUUCUACACAUAAAUAUGCUUAAUAAUUACGAACGUAAGGCGUACCGAGCGUGAAGCGUAAAGUGUUUUGUGUAUAUUACUUUGUGUUAUUCAUCAGCUGUGAGCUAUAAAGAAAGGCAACAACUACUCGCACUCGGCCGUUUGAGUAAGCCGCAUUCGCACACAAAUUACACAUAUAUACACUUAUACAUAUAUAUACAGACAGGUAAAUAAUCGCUUUAGGAGCGGAGUGCGCGAUCGCUUGUUGACGUUGAGCGUCGAACGUGGAAAUGUACAUGACUUUUAUUGGACGGCGUGUGACUCAGUCAGUAGCUUAGCGUAGUUUGGUAGCAGCAAACCGAGUGCACGCAAUUUCGGAAACAAACAACAUAUAUUUGGACGGAUACAAGCGCAGCCGUAAAGUGCGCGUUGCAAUUACGUAAGCACGGUGAAUAGGAAGAGUGCAAGCACUGGAAAGAAGUGAAAAAGUGUGAAACUCAAAAACAAAUUCUAAAAACUUUUUUUCGUCUGCAAGAAUCAAGAAAACGUUCGAUAAAGUGCGAUAAAGUAAUUGCGCCAAGUUCAGUGAGUUCCGCGCGUAAAGAUUCGAAUAGCAGUGAAGUGCGCCUUCAUAUCCACCCACAACAGUCAUCGGUUUCAAAAGCUCAGUGAACAUUUUCAUGAGCUAUAAGCCAUUAAAUAGUGUGCUUUGGUUUCCACCUACCCGCCUCAGCUAUUUUCAAAUACAAGGUCCAAAAUAUUUUACUAAAAAGUGAAUUUCUCAUCUAAAACAAAAAGCGGAAUUCGUAAGUUCAACACUGAUAAGAUAAGCGCAAAGGCGAGAGAGAGCAAACUUGGCAUCUGCGCACUCACACACAUACAUUCCAUUGCAUCCGUGUGUCGCGCAACGAAAGCGGGCUUCUACAGCAAUUACUGGCACAAAAAUCAUACAACAGUGGACUCAGCAUUCAGCAACCGGGACAUUGGCUUCCUUCGGCAGCCAAAAAUCAAAACUGUCAAAAUUCAGCUACGAAAGUGUGUCGUCGCUGCGGCGCCAAUGAACAGUUCAAACAUUCUGCGGUAGAUGCCAGCAAAUUGGGGGAACGCGGGACAGCGGACAUUUGUAACGAAGGAACUAUCACAAACAUCGAAAAGAAAUAGAAGGCUUAUGCAAUAGAUACAACACUGCUAUUGCAAUUUCAGACACCAAAUAGUCAGAAAGUUGCAUUGGCGCAAAGCUUCUGAUUCGAUAGCCAACACUGCGCUGAAAAUUUCGAAGAAAGCUGCUGAUACGAGCAACACAUAACAACAACUCAGGAAAUUGCGAGGUCAAUGCGAAAUAGCCACUGUAAUAAUUUAAUGAUAACAACAAACAACAACAAGAAAUCGCUUUCAAUACUUAUGAAGCAAAGAGUCAGUUGCCAAAAACCAAUAGCCCAACAACACAUCUCCAAACAAUACCAUACAGCUGAUUUGCGAUUCGUAUAAGUAACCGGACCAUUGGCAGCACCUAUGGGCAAGUGUGUCUCAAAGCAUCCGUCCGUACUCACAAUAGCGUUGUCGGAAAAGGACUUGGCGGCGGCUAACCACAUUUGGAGCAAAUUUGCUGAGAGCACCGAAUACAUUGCGCUGAAGGACGAGCAUGGAAAUCAAUUAUGCGAAUAUUACUACGUGAGCGGCAAGAAGCGGAAGGCGAAGCCAAAAACAACAAAGCAGCAGCUAGCGCCAACGGAUGGGGAUAAUGAUGCGAAUACAACAACUGUCGGCGCCACACGGCCAGACCAAGAUUCAAAUGAAAAUCAAAACCAGCGACAGCAGCCGAGCCAGAAGAAGGGUAGAAACAAAAGACGUUCGAAGACAGCACAAAAGCAAUCAUCAACGCAGCAAAGUAGUGAAAACAAAUCACAGCAAUGGACAACAAACAGCGAACAAACAACAAACAUAAAUGGCACAGAAAGUUAUACGGAAAGGUUACAACAAGAUUGUGUUACUUCACAAGCCGAGUCGUGUGCCCCUGCCGCUGAUGGUCUGACAACGACGACAGCGACGACUUCGACAACUGUGUACAGCAGUGUGAGUGGCUGUGAGUAUUGCACCGUUGUCAGCACCACUGACGAUGACGACGAGAGCGAGGGUGAGGACGCGGACGUGGACGAGGACAGGCACGAUGACAGUGACGACGGCGAGCAGUUGUUUGGUAUUCACAACCAUAAUAAUGCUACCGAGGCUAUUGUAGUUGACAACACCAAUAAAGAAACCGCCGUUGGUGCUCAUAAAAAUCAACAACAUUGUGUGGCUCAUUUGCCGUCGCAGCCACAGGAACAGAUUGCUGGCGACACGGUUGCCCCCGACGCCAACAAUAACGCCGAAAUAGCGGCGAAACAUGAGGAAUAUGCUUAUCAGCCGAAGUGGCAGCAACAGCGGUUGGUUGCCACCGAAAAAGGGCAAUUAAUAAACAGUGAAGUGAGCAAAGUCAAUAUUGGUGUUAUUGGUGUCGAAAAUGCAGCUGAACUUGACAAUGUCGAUGGAAACAGUGAAAGGUUAAGCGGCCGCGAACACCUAAUGGUUGAAGGCAGCGAUUACUUGCAGGGACAGGCUGAAAGCAAACGGCACUCGAAGAAGCAUGGCAGCACCACCAACGCCACAACAGGCACUGGAGUGGGCGCCAUCGAAACCAAAGGUACGGCGAUGUCCUUCGGCUUUCGCAAGAAGCUCAACACGACGCCGAAGAAGUUCAAGAAAUUGCUGGAGGCCGGCGUUGGCGGCAUGACUGGUGGUGGUGAAGGAAAACGAAAACAAGACAAGUGCAACAAUAUAACAACAACGACACGGGACGGCAACACACCUAGUGAGGAUAACGCAAAACGCGCAACUGUGAUAGACGGCGCUAACUAUGGGGAGUCGUUAACGGACGAACAACAGCAGGACGACAACGGCAAUGCAGAACUGCUGGCCAAGAUACACUUUGAGAAAAUGGGUGCGGCGGCCGCAACGACACAGCGUUCCAAUCAACAAGCCACGGCAGCCGGUGGGGGCGCUCCGCCUUCCAACCUGCCUGGCGUCGCCUCGCGGUUCGGUUACCGCGGCGGGCACAUGGUACGGCCGGCAUCGGCAGGUUUAACGCAGCACUAUCCCAUGGAAGUACAGGAGAAUGCGGAAAACAACAAUACUUGCGGCAGCAAUGGGAGCGACGCCAGAAGUGGUGGUGUGGGAGUUAAUGGACAACAGAAACCGCUUGUCAGCAACUUGAAACGCCGAUCGAAGAGUGCACACGCCGGCAGGGCAUUGACUUCGGGCGAUGAGACUAGCGAGUCGGGCAGUUGCAGCGAUGCGGCCGGUCGCCCAAAAAUAACACAACCGAAAUCUAUAACGUUCAAUUUGAGUCAGAACAGCACAAUCGAAUAUCAGCGGCGACAGUUUUUCGAACAGCCCAACACAUAUGGCAGCUAUGGAAGUGGACGCAGCAGUGCCGCCAACAUUUGGACCCAUCAACCGGGGCACCAGGCGCAGCAGCAUCAGUCGCGAAAUGUCAUCAGCACGGGCAUGCACACGAAUGUUAUUGUCCGUCCAACACCACGCGCACCGCCAGCCAGUUUUUCGAAGUUCACACUGCACACAGUAAGUUUGCCAAAGCCGGAAUUCCCCGUGGCCAUCAGUGUGGGCGCAACAACUCCAACUACACCGAGCAGCAUCUACACACCGUCACCCACCAUGGCUACCAGCGUCGCGGGCGCACGUACCAAGGACAUCCAACAGCAGCAGCACCCCUUGACAGUGGUAGCCUGUGCCACAGUGACACACUCCGCUUCCGGACAUAUGGAUCUGAAGACGGCCAAGCAGAUGGCAAAUAACACGCGGCGUGGAUUCUCAGGCAGUCGGGAGAUAUCAGCGGAUUCAGGUAUUGCCAGCAUGGACAUGGCAUUGGAUAGUUCGGUUUCGAGCAGUGGUGGCAGUCGCGCUGGACGCACAGCCUCGCCUAAACGGAGCCGCAGUCGUCCCCGCAAUUUGCAAAUGGUAAUGAACGGUCGUCACAAAUUUGAAGUACGUGACCUGGACGACCCUUUAUCGAGUGAAUCCAGCUCUAUCGUAGAGCCGCUAGCUUUGCCGAAGCUACCGAGCGAAAACCAAACAGUACCGCUUCCACUAUGCGGGCUUGUGCGUUCCAAUACGGUACUUAGUCGAGAGACUUAUGAACGAAAUGGUGGUGUUAUCGGUAAUAGAAGCGCUAGUGCCAACCCGGAAAUCAAGCAGGUUGAUAUUGGAAAACGCCCUACUACGGCGCCUGCACAGUGCACAAUAACUCGAAAUUCGUCAGAAGAAAGUGAAGGGGUCGAUGAGGAAAAGCUUUACUUAGACCGCUCAACUUCAGAGAAAGGAAACAGGUUUAAGGACAUCAAUACUUGUUCGAGUAAAACAUCGUCACCAGGGAGCUCCAUAAUGCUCUCGUGGUGCAAUGCCGGAGAAUCUCUUGCCGUAAAGGAUUGUAGUAGCCUCAGUAUUAGCAGCGAAGAUAGUAAUAAACUUCAUGGAUCUAAUCAUCAAGAUAAAGACACAGAUACGGAGAAGAACGAUUUGAAAAAAUUUAAGCACAUGUCAGUUGACUUGAAUGACGAUGACUUAAGUGGCAUCGUGACCGAAAUGCAAAUUAGUACAUUAUCUUCCUUAACUGAUAACUUAGCAAAUGAGAACAACAAUUCUGGACUCAAGACAGUAGAAAUCAACACUGUCAUCAGCGCAUCUACGGAAAAUACAAAUAUUGAUAAGCCGGAUCGGCCGAAAUCGUUUUAUAAUACGCUUAAUGAAACGAAAUUUGCAGAGAUGGCCUUAGCCGGUAGCACUUAUCUUUUGGACGACGAGACCUCUCCCACUGAUAGUCUGGUCAGCAGCACGGAAUCAGAAGAAGCCGCAAGCAAGCAGAAAAAACACAAAAUAAACGAAGAACUGCAAGAGAAGGACAUCGAUGAGAUUUCACCUGAACUCGAAAUGGGUAGUCCCAUUUCACCGGGAACGCCAACACAUGCUUCACAUUCGCUAUCACUUUCCGAUUGCGGUAAUUUGAUUGAUGACGAGAUCGCUGACCAACCGGCGUUGCUCUUUAACAGUGAAGCACAUGAUCUAGUGGAUAGCUUGACGUCACACAAAGACAAGACAGAGACUCCCACACUUAUGGAAAAUACUGGAUCGAUGCGUUCCCUGAAGAGCCAAUCGAAGGCGCGCACUGCACUCCAGCAAGCAAUCGAGUUGAGUCUACGCACACCGCUCUCGCUGCGAAAGGCGGUAAUGGAACGCGCCGAUUCUCUCGAUACUCUCUCUCCCUGUGAGUCGAUAUGUUCCGAUGAUCUAAUGAUGGAUUUCGAUAUACAUAGCAGUGUCGAUUCCAUCGAUCGAUCUGGCUCCAUAAAGAGUCGAAGUGGUUCGGAUCUACAUAAAAUUGACGACACAGAAUUAUUUUCGGAGCUGGAACGUAAAGGGAGCGAUGUAAUGAAAGAACUGAAUUCCCUCCUACGUCUUCGUACUAAUAAAAGCGCAGAUAAGGAUGUUGACAUUGCUCAUUUGCCCGCUCGCGCCACUCGUCUUCUAAAUCGUUCGCGCUUGCAGCAGCAACAGUAUCCCUCCUCCCUUGCCAGCGGUGUGACCACAAAUGCGGCGACUGGAAGUUCAGUCUGCGGUGGCGGCGGCGACUCUGACAGCUCCAAAUCAGCGCACAGUCUACGACGCAGCGCAGCCGCUUCGCGCGCCUCAAACGCUUCCACAUCAUCAACGAAUGCGUCGCUGCCGCCGAGCAGCCAUUACCAUCAUCAGAAACCAUUUCAGCAUCACUACUCACAACUGCAUCGCGACUCGCACAGUUCUUCGGACGAUCUAAUGCUGUAUGAUAAAUCUUUCCGAAAUGCGAUGAUCCAGGAUGUGUUGCAGUUCAAAAAGCAGUUGCUACGACUUCGACGCAUUCUACAGGACGACGAAGAAUAUUUGAUGAGGACGGAGACUCUCAACCCAUUCGAUAACGACAAUGGGCAACUCUUCGCCGCCUGCGGCUUGGACAGCAAACUGCUGGAUGACAUGGACCUGGCCAGCCUGACCUCCUCGACCACGGAUGAUCCGAUGGUGGAGUUAGCCGAUCUACGAAGACAGGUGGUUUACCUUCAGGGAGAAGUUGAAGAUCGCGAACGAACCAUUCGUUUGCAGAAAAAUCAAAUAGAGAAUCUGGAAUCAAAAAAGCCACCAAUACAAAAGAACCACACAAAAGAGUUGAUGAAUAUAGCAACGCAAACAGAAAGGACACGACCACUUUCAUAUGGCCUAGAUGGACUGUCAAGAAGUAAGCCCGAGUACACCAGUUACACCACACGUUAUCACCCGGUCGCCACCUGUGAAAACAAUAGCACUUGCAAUGGCGCCAACAACAGCAACAACAACAAUAACAACAAUUUAUGCACCUACCAACAACAGCACAACUGCUGCAACGGCAGUAACAAUAACCUGCCAGCGGCCGCCACAGAAGCAGCAGCACAGCAAAUACGCCGUCACACCAUCAUAUCCACCACUCUGAGCAAUUACAAUCAACAGUCGGCAUUGGCCCCGCGACGCGCCUCGAUCGCGUGGGAAAAACCCACAGCGCCUGCACCACCCACAACACCCCCGCUCGCACAGACAGCGGCUGCGGCCGGCACAAAACACGCGCCACCAGCCGCAACCACCUACAAACCCGUGAAAAUCACACUGAUCGGAGAGCCGCUCAAGCAGUGGCAAUGGAAUGCCGUUGGCAAUGGGAAGACUUCUGACAGCUACGGUCACACAGCAGCCGGCAACCAUAGCGACAAAGAGGGCAAGACAAAGCGCGAAGCGGGCGAUGGCAAUCGUAAAAGUGGAAGUAACAGCAGCCGAUGUGGUGGUAAUGGUGGCAGUGGCAGCGUGUGUAAUGGCAACAGUAAUGGAGCGAAUUGUGCGAACGGCAGUAAUGGUUACACAAACGGCACGAGCAGCCUGGCGAAUGGCCGGAGCGAGGUCUCGAGGAAUGGGCUGCAGCAGGAAGCAAGCCAACAGACGAACCAUCACCAUCAGAUGCAGAUUAAGCCGCAUAUGCAACAGCCGCUAACACAGCCGGGACAACAGCAACAAACACGUGUACAACAGCUACAACAACAACAGCAAAUCUAUCACACAACAAACGGCAGCAAUGGCAAUUUCAAUCCAACAGUUACUAUAGUCUGAGCGCAAAGUAGUUAGUUCGUAAUGUCUGAUAUUGAUAUAUACAUACAAACAUACUUAUAUAUACUAAAAUUGAUAUUAAGAUACAAAUUUUGGAAAGUGAGUGAAUUAUAUAGAGGCGAUCUUUUAGCGUACAGUUAUUAGUAUAAUCUACUUAUGUGUGCAUGUUUUGACGGUCAAGUUAUCUUAAGCUUCGCGAAAAAUUUAAUGCAGUGCGUGAGGAAAUUAUGUUACAUAACUAUACUAUGCAAUAAAUGUGCAAAUUAUGUAUGUAUAAUACAUAUGUAGUAGUUAAAUGUGUAGUAGAUUUUCCGUAACAAGCAUUAAUGGCAAUAGUGGUUAACUUCACAAAUUGUUCUAAAUACUUCUAAAGAGACAUCAUAAUGAACGCAACGGACCCAGUUACCCAAUUCUUCACCCCUGAGAAAGCGUGUCCCCAGCAGGAGGGUUUAAUGAGGCUAUUACUUAUAUACUAUUUCUCGAUCGGCUUAGUUCGUACUGGGCGACAAAGCAAAAACUGCUGACACACAUUCCUCUGUCCCUUCAGAAAUUGACGGUACCCAAUAUAUCGGUUAUUCAUUAUAAAAUCUUAUAAUAAUAUUAUUACUAUUAUUAUCAUAUUAUUGUUAUUAUUACGUAUUAUUAGUACUAUUAUCAUUAUUAUUAUUAUUAUUAUUAUUAUUAUUAUUAUUAUUAUUAUUAUUAUUAUUAUUAUUAUUAUUAUUAUUAUUAUUAUUAUUAUUAUUAUUAUUAUUAUUAUUAUUAUUAUUAUUAUUAUUAUUAUUAUUAUUAUUAUUAUUAUUAUUAUUAUUAUUAUUACUAUUAUGAUUAUUGUUAUUAGGCUUUUUAUUACAAUUAUUAUUAUUAUAUUGAUAUUAUUAUGGAGUUAUAAACGAAUACAGUUGCAAUUUACGUGAAAAGUUCAUUAGAAGCGUUACAACGUCCAGGACUCUGGGUUCUCGGAGAAUGCUUAAGGGGUUAUAUAUAGUUGAAGGCCGAAAAUAGCGAUUUUUUCAGAAUUUUUUUCAGAGAAAACUUUUAAAUUUAUUGAUCCAAAAGUUUAUAAACAUAUUACGGUACCUUUUAACUAUAUUUUAAGAUUUAAUAUUAGUAAAAAUAUUUAUUUAGAAAGGAACUACAGCUAAUCUUCAGGAGCUUCUCUCAAAAAAUAGGUUUUGCGGUGACCACUUUAUCUCUGAACUCUCUGAACUGGAUUUUCUGAAAUUAAAGAAACAAACAGAUUUCGUUAAAGUAAUGUAACAUCCAGUAAAGUAAAACGAAGGAAUAAGCAAAACAAAUUUUUUUGGCAAAAUGGUGGUUUCUGUGUGUAUUCUGAAAGAUAUAUAGAUUAAGAAAAUGGAAUAAAAAAAUCGAAUUUUGAAAAUUCUAACUGUAUGUAACCCUUUAAAGAAAGGAAAUGUGUGAUCAGCUCCAAAGGAAACUCCUAAAACAAUGAAACUAGGACAUGCCAAACACUGAAAGCCAUGCCCGUUUUGGCACGCCAUUUCAGACAUUCGUAACGCUCCAAAACAGCUUCAUUGAUAAAGCUCCGCUAAGAUAACAUUUCGCUUGAUUUCACUUUAUAGAAUGACGCUUCAAAAGUUCAUCAAAAUUAAUAUUUUUGUAAUAAUCAAAAUAUAUGAUACUUACAACGCACACUGAUACAUUUAUACUAAUGACCACACAUAUGUACAUACAUAUAUACACACUUUUGAAUUUACAUAGUUUAAUUAAGAAACACCUUCCGUAAACUUGCUAUACUCACUAAUAUUAUUAUUAUUAUAUACAUACAUAUACAUAUAUACAUGUAUUGAGUAAUUAAUCAGGCAAAGCAUACGAUGCGGAUGUUAUUGCAUAUACUUACAUAUAUGUAUGUAUAUUGAGAGAAAGUGUAAGCCAAGAGCAGAACUAAACUGAAAAGUAUUAAUUUAGUGCUUAUUUAAGCUCGACACACACACACAUACGAGUACAUAAAUGCAAACAAAUAACAACAUGAAUAUAAUAUACUUAAUGCAAACAGAUUGUGGAAAACUUUAGCACAUGUAUACACACAUACUUACAUAUAUAUUAUAAAGAACGCAUGUGUGUGCUAACUUAUAAUAAACAUUGACAGCUGCAUUGAAGUAUGAAUUUGAUGAAAUGCAGCCGCUAAUUACACAUGCAUACACACAUACUAUAUAUAUUUCUAUGCAAUUUCUUUGAGCGAACAAUAAAUGACAAACAUACAAACAUAUUUACUCAUACUAGGCAUUAGCAUUUAGCGUUAAAUAAUUAUCAUAAUCGUCCGGUAAGCGUGUGGCAGGCAUCGCUUAUCUCUAAAAUACUUACUUAUAUACAUAUGUAUGUAACUAUGAUCAUGAAGCAUAUAGACGCCACACAUCCCCCACAUAAUUUAGUAUUAAUAGCUCAAUCUGAUUUAGCUUAAUUUUGUUAUGAAUAAGUCCAUAUUUGUGAAUCAAGUGGAAAAUACAUAAUUAAUUAACCCAAAUUACACCAAAAUUGCAUAGAUUAUUGAUCACUUAUGUUUUGACCUGGAGAAACUAAAAAAGGGUUACCACAAAUCUUAAUUUUACAUGUUGCAAUCACGCUUCAUUGAUUGAUUGUUAUUAAGAAGCGAGGAUAAGUUUCGAAUCUUCGCAGAAAAAAAGCGUAAAUUACAUGAGACUCAAAUAAAAACUUAAAUGCAUGUACAGACAUUUA